GACAUCCAGAGGGUUGCAGCGCAGAUCGUUGAGGAGUGUGGUGGCCAUCUUCAUGACAUUGUCUAUGUAGCAGAGUUGUUGAAAGAUGUGGAAGACGUUCAAAUCUGGAACCAAGCAUUGCGAAAGCUACAUAAUUGGAUCCCAUCCUGCGAAGGGAUUGAACUUGAACAUGAUCUGCCAAGCCUGGUGCGGAUGAGGGAUUUAGUUCUCUUAAUCUUGAGUUGCCCCAUGAAGCUUGGCUAUGAACAUUAUAUGUGGCGUUGGAUCCAACGAGUUUCAAACUCAAGAGCCCAACAGGGUAACCUAGAAAGGCUCCGUCAUUGUCUGUCUGAAAGGCCACUGAGACAUGUGAAAGGGAUUAUACCAGAGGACAUAACAGAACAAAUAAUGAAUGGGGGUAGCAUAAUCUCCGAACAUGUGCCACCACCCAUCCUUGACUUAUCUUAUCGUCUUGCUGUUGACCAACUGGUUCAAUCUUUACUAGAUUCUUGUGACCACUUUCAGUGGAGAAUGCCUGUUGUGUGGUUCCUAACGAGAAAUGAUUUAGAAAAACGAACUGUUGUGGAAGACAUCAAAGCAAAUUUCCAACUUGGGGAGACAUUUGAGAUUCUCCAAAUCAUUAAUCUCGAUUGGAUCAAUGAAAAGUUUCGAUAUUUUGAAUAUCCAAAGUGGACGGAUGCGACUGCUCUUGUACAGCGUCGAAGAGAUGGUUGGGAUUUUGAAGUUCUAAAGCUUCCAGGGAAAGAUAAAAGUCACAGAAAGUUUAUGCUUCUAGUGGACGGGGAUGGUGACGAAAGAGUAGAUUUCCAAAAGGUGGAUAUUCCUUCGGAUAUAAGAUAUUCUAAAGAUGCUGUUGUAAUUAUAACAACAGGAUCAUCCACACUCCAAAAUGAUAAAUUGGCUUACAAGAUGGAUGCUAUAAUCAGGAUAGAGGAUCAUGUUUUGCCUUGGGAAGUCUUCUGCAAGAAUGUUGGCAAAGAGCUUGUAUACUCAUCAAGUGCCAUCCAGAGAGUAGCAGUACAGAUCGUUGAGGAGUGUGGUGGCCAUCUUCUUGCCAUUGUCUUCGCGGCAAAGUCGCUGAAACAUGUGGAAGAUGUUCAAAUCUGGGAGCAAACUCUGCAAAAGUUACGGUAUCGUAGCCCAUCAUACAAACUGAUUGCAUUUAAACAUGUGAGUGAAGUAUUAGUAAAUGCAUUCAUCAACAUCAUAUGGGAGGAUGAAAGAGAAAAGCCUCGCCUUAACCAAUGUUUAAAUGCCUUCAAAUUAAAAGCUAAGAUGAGUAAAGGUGAAUUGUUUGGCCGCUGGUUCUUUGAACAAUUAAUUGACAAUGAAAAAGAGGCAGAGCAUACCUUGAGGGAGCUUGUGGAGACUGCGAUUUUACAAGAAAUUGAAGAUAUUUUCGGACAAUAUAUCCUAUUGCCAGAAGAAUUGAAAAUUAUUUUAGAUGCGAUGUCAGAGAAAGAAUCACAUGAUAACUUGACAAGAGAACCAUCGGGAUUGACAGAGCCCCAAAAAAUUUGGAAUUCACAAAAAGCCGCCUCACAGUUUCUAAAAACUUUUCCUAUUAGAAGCCUAAACUUAUCCUACAGUGGCAUACAAAGCUUACCUGGUUUUUUUCUUGAGUUGGAUCAACUUCAAACAUUGUCUUUGACAGGGUGUAAGCAAUUCAAUCAACUGCUCCCAGAAAUUAAUCAAUUUCAUCAUAUUAAGCAGCUUGAUCUUGAUGGGACUUCAAUUAUGGAUCUUCCACAUUCUCUAAAUUGUCCUGGCUUGAGAAGAUUAUCGUUGGGAAACAACCUCAAUUUGAUGAAAAUACCACUCAAAUUUUUUGACCGCAUGCCUCAACUCCAAACUCUCGACUUGUCCCUUACUAGCAUACAUGAUCUUCCAGGAUCAUUUUAUAAUUUACAAGAACUUGAACACUUUUAUUUGAGAGAUUGUGAGCUUUUCCGAGAACUUUCUCCAAGUAUUGGUCAACUUACAAAUCUGAUCGAGCUUGACCUUCAUGGCACUCAAAUUACACAUUUGCCAGAUGCCAUUCGAAAGUUGAUCAAGUUAAAUACAUUAUCUCUCUCUUUUCUUGGAUUUAUUCAUGGUAGUGGUCAUGAGAAUCAAUCCAUGCCAUCCUCCAACUUUGCAACAAAUCUCAUCGAGCUUGAUCUUGGCACUCAAAUUACACUUUUGCCAGAUGACAUCGAAAAGUUGACCAAGUUAAAUACAUUAUCUCUCUCUCGUCUUGGAUUUCCUCAUGGUAGUGGUCGUGAGAAUCAAUCCAUGCCAUCCCCCAACAUUGCAAUGAUACCUUCUGAUGCUCUAUUGGGACUAAAAAAUUUAGUGGAAUUGUGCAUUGAUGUUAACUCAGAUAAUGAGUGGUGGCUCAAGAAUGUUCAACGUGUCCUUACAGAAAUUAAUACAUUAAGAGAGUUGAGAAAAUUGGACAUGUAUAUCCCAAGAGUAGUGGGAGUUAAAUAUCUUGAGCCUGUCUUACAAAAGCUUUCUUCUAAUUUUAGAUUCAUUGUGGGCCAUCAUAUGCCGAGAAUAAUAUCACGGGUAUUACCUGCUGUUGAAGAAAAGUUUGUAGCAAGUAAUGGCAGCUUAAGAUUUGUGAAUGGUGAGGAUUUUCCUAAUGAAGUAAUGCUCAUUCUUUCUAAAGCAUGGGCAUUUUUUUUGGACCGCCACAUGACCAUCAAGAAUCUAUCCCAAUUCAGGUGGAGCAAUCUGAACCAGCUACGAUUAUGCAUUUUGGCAGAGUGUAAUAAAUUGCAGAGCAUUGUAGAUGGAGAUGAAGACUUAGAGUCCUCCUUUGGUGAGCUGCAAUUCUUGACUAUAUUCUACAUGAAAAGUCUAACAAGCAUCAUUAAUAGGGAAACUCUUGGCAAUUGCACUUUUUGUAAGCUAAAGUUCUUAGCAUUGCACACUUGUACUGAGUUAACGACCAUCUUCACCAAAGACGUGCUUUAUAAUUUUUCUCACUUGGAGGAGCUUAUAGUUGAAGAUUGUCCCAAAGUAAGGAGCAUCAUCACUUGCCAAUCCUCAGGGGAGACAACAACAUCUAUCUUCCUGCCAAGAUUGAGAAAGUUAUCACUUCUCUUUGUACCUGAACUAGUUAGCAUUUCAAGUGGGGUGAGUUUUGGGAGAAACUUAGAGAGGAUAGGAUUUUAUUACUGUCCAAAACUCAAAAGCCUUUCCUCUAAGGAAUUGUUUAGCCAAAAGUUGAAACAUAUCGUGGGAGAAUCUGAAUGGUGGGGUGCACUCAAUUGGAGUGAGUGGGGACAACAAGAACCGCCUGAUAAAUUCAGUCACAUCUUUUUCGCAAUUGAUGAGGACCUUGAUAUCUUGACUCAAUUAACUACAUAUGAGGUGGAGGCUGUUGGGAGGACGAGACAGUGAUUCAGAAUUGGAACUGGAGGACUGAUCUUCCCGGAGUCUAGAGAUUUGAAGUUUGAGUUUGGAUGCCCUCAUUUAUAAGGCUGAAGCCAAGCAAGGAAAAAUGGUUUCGUUUACUCAGAUUUAUCACAAGAUCUGCAGCAUUGUUGUUGUUUGCUUUAAACUAGUUGCUUUGAUUAUUGGGUUUUGAUACUGAUUUAUUGUGUGUAUCUUGAAAGCAUGAACCAUUAUACUACUUUCUAUGUGGGAUUGGAUAUACAUGUGCAUGAUUGGGUUGCCCUUUAUUUCAUCACGAAGAAAACAAUAUUGUGUUCUGCUUCAACAGACGGAAAUCAAGUUUAUAAUGAACCAUUAUACUAUUUAUGCGAUUUUCAUACUUUAUAGGUAAA